AUGGCAGCAGAUGAAUGUGGCGUGACCUACAUCCGCCUCCCUGCCGGAGUCAGAGCAGCCAGCGAGCAGCCGGAGAGCAGCGGGGAGCAGCCAGAGAGCAGCGGGGAGCAGCCAGAGAGCAGUGGGGAGCAGCCAGAGAGCCGUGGGGAGCAGUGGGGAGCAGCUGCCCUGGGAUGGGAACUCAGAUCUAACAAUACAACACAUACACCAGCCAAACCUGCGCCUCAACAGAUUACAGCCUCUAACAAUACAACACAUACACCAGCCAAACCUGCGCCUCAACAGAUUACAACCUCUAACAAUACAGCACAUACACCAGCCAAACCUGCGCCUCAACAGAUUACAACCUCUAACAAUACAACACAUACACCAGCCAAACCUGAGCCUCAACAGAUUACAGCCUCUAACAAUACAACACAUACACCAGCCAAACCUGAGCCUCAACAGAUUACAACCUCUAACAAUACAGCACAUACACCAGCCAAACCUGCGCCUCAACAGAUUACAGCCUCUAACAAUACAACACAUACACCAGCCAAACCUGAGCCUCAACAGAUUACAGCCUCUAACAAUACAACACAUACACCAGCCAAACCUGCGCCUCAACAGAUUACAGCCUCUAACAAUACAACACAUACACCAGCCAAACCUGAGCCUCAACAGAUUACAACCUCUAACAAUACAGCACAUACACCAGCCAAACCUGCGCCUCAACAGAUUACAACCUCUAACAAUACAGCACAUACACCAGCCAAACCUGAGCCUCAACAGAUUACAGCCUCUAACAAUACAACACAUACACCAGCCUCUAACAAUACAACACAUACACCAGCCGAACCUGAGCCUCAACAGAUUACAGCCUCUAACAAUACAACACAUACACCAGCCAAACCUGCGCCUCAACAGAUUACAACCUCUAACAAUACAACACAUACACCAAUUACAGCCUCUAACAAUACAACACAUACACCAGCCGAACCUGAGCCUCAACAGAUUACAUCUAACAAUACAACACAUACACCAGCCGAACCUGAGCCUCAACAGAUUACAGCCUCUAACAAUACAACACAUACACCAGCCAAACCUGCGCCUCAACAGAUUACAACCUCUAACAAUACAACACAUACACCAGCCAAACCUGCGCCUCAACAGAUUACAGCCUCUAACAAUACAACACAUACACCAGCCAAACCUGAGCCUCAACAG